AUGGGUCCAAAGCUGAAAGCCUCGAGACCACCGGUCAAAACCAAGGAGACAGGAAAGAGGAAGUCCCCUUCUCAGCUCACGGCCAGCAGCCCGAGGAAGACUCCCAAGGUGGCGAAGAAAGGAAAAGCAGCUCAUGGAGGGAGAGGCAGGAAGAAAAGUGCUGCAAAAAAGAUGGCGGCUGUGGGAGCCCCUGAGGCAGGGAGCGGGCCAGCGCCCCCCGGUCCCAGUGAGCCUUCGAGCCAGGAGCUUCCCCAGUGCGAGCUGCAGCCGGAGAAGCCACUGAGUGAGGGGACCCAGUCCGACCCACUGAGUCAGGAGACCACGGAGGAACCACUGAGUGAGAGGUGA